AUGCAGAAGCUCCCUCUCGAGGCGUUCUCCUUGAGGGAGACCACUCCUCACCUUGGUGGCACUGCAAUGGCUGGGAGCAAGCUGACGAGCACGUACGACCUCGUCGAGCAGAUGCAGUACCUCUACGUCCGCGUUGUCAAAGCCAAGGAUCUCCCGGCCAAGGACAUUACCGGGGGUUGCGACCCCUACGUCGAAGUGAAGCUUGGGAACUACAAGGGCGUAACCCGUCAUUUCGAGAAGAAAUCCAACCCCGAGUGGAACGAGGUGUUUUCCUUCUCAAAGGACCGUAUCCAAGCAUCUUAUAUCGAGGUGAUCGUGAAGGACAAGGACCUCCUGAAGGAUGAUUUCAUCGGGAAGGUGUUGUUUGACCUCAACGAGGUUCCGAGGCGGGUUCCUCCAGAUAGUCCGCUGGCUCCGCAGUGGUACCGGCUGGAAGACCAGAAGGGGAACAAGGCGAAGGGGGAGAUAAUGCUUGCCGUCUGGAUGGGGACCCAGGCUGACGAGGCAUUCCCGGAGGCGUGGCACUCUGAUGCAUCAGCCGUUCCUAGCGACGGGCUGACGAAUAUAAGAUCAAAGGUGUACCUCUCCCCCAGGCUCUGGUAUGUGCGCGUCAAUGUCAUCGAGGCUCAGGACUUGGUGCCGAGUGACAAGGGGAGGUACCCCGAUGCUUUCGUCAGGGUCUCUCUCGGGAACCAGGCUCUGAGGACGAGAAUCUCGCCGAGCAGGAGCAUCAACCCCAUGUGGAACGAGGACUUAAUGUUCGUCGCCGCAGAGCCCUUUGAAGAGCACCUGGUCUUGACCGUGGAGGACAAGCUGCCCAACAAGGAAGAAGUGCUGGGGAAGACCGUGAUCCCUCUGUCCAGCAUCGACCGGAGGCUCGAUGCCAAGGCCGUGAAUACCAGGUGGUUCCAUCUCGAGAGGCACUUGGAGGGCGAGGAGAAGAAGGAGGGCAAAUUAUCCAGCAGGAUCCAUCUGCGGGUAUGCCUGGACGGCGGGUACCACGUCCUGGACGAGUCCACGCACUACAGCAGCGACCUCCGCCCGACGGCCAAACAGCUGUGGAAGCCGACGAUCGGAGUUCUUGAGCUGGGCAUCCUCAGUGCCCACGGCCUGCAGCCGCUGAAGACCAAGGACGGCCGGGGCACCAAUGAUGCCUACUGCGUCGCCAAGUACGGGCAGAAGUGGGUGCGGACGAGGACAAUCAUCGACAGCUCCAAUCCGAAGUGGAACGAGCAGUACCACUGGGAGGUCUACGACCCCUGCACCGUGGUCACCAUCGGCGUCUUCGACAAUUGCUACCUUCAGAGCGGAGACAAGGCAAGCAAGGAUCUGAGGAUAGGGAAGGUGCGGAUCCGACUCUCCACGCUGGAGACGGACCGGGUCUACACCCACUCGUACCCACUGCUGAUGCUGCACCCCUCGGGGGUGAAGAAGAUGGGGGAGGUGCAGCUGGCCGUCCGCUUCGGUUGUUCGUCUCUGCUGAACAUGAUGCACAUCUACUCGCAGCCGCUGCUGCCGAAGAUGCACUACCUGCACCCGCUGUCGGUGGCGCAGCUGGACACGCUGCGGCACCAGGCCACGCAUAUUGUGUCAUCGAGGCUCGGCCGGGCGGAGCCGCCGCUGAGAAAGGAGGUGGUGGAGUACAUGCUGGACGUGGACUUGCACAUGUGGAGCAUGCGGCGGAGCAAGGCCAACUUCUUCAGGAUCAUGGGCGUCCUGAGCGGGAUGAUCGCCGUCGGGAGAUGGUUCGACCAGAUCUGCCACUGGAAGAACACCCUCACCACCAUCCUGAUCCACGUCCUCUUCGUCAUCCUCGUCCUCUACCCGGAGCUGAUCCUGCCCACGGUAUUCCUCUACCUGUUCCUGAUCGGCGUGUGGUACUUCAGGUGGAGGCCCCGGCAGCCCCCGCACAUGGACGCGCGGCUUUCCCACGCGGAGAACGUCCACCCCGACGAGCUGGACGAGGAGUUCGACUCGUUCCCCUCCAACCGCCCGCCGGACGUCGUGCGGAUGAGGUACGACCGGCUGAGGAGCAUCGCCGGGAAGGUGCAGACGGUGGUCGGCGACUUGGCGACGCAGGGUGAGAGGCUGCAGUCGCUUCUGAGUUGGAGGGACCCACGGGCGACGGCGCUCUUCGUGACCUUCUGCCUGGUCGCCGCCGUCGUCCUCUACGUAACGCCCUUCCAGUUCGUGGCCCUCCUCUCCGGCUUCUACGCGCUGAGGCACCCCAGGUUCCGCCACAAGCUCCCCUCUGUGCCGGUCAACUUCUUCAGGAGAUUGCCCGCCAGAACGGACUGCAUGCUCUGA